CCUCAGAGGUGUGCUGCAAAUCUUGAUUGGCUUCAUCUCCCUUUUUAUAAGGUUGAGGUUUAGGUCCAGCGGCGCUCAAAGCACUAAAUAAAACAGCCGGCUCGUUUUUACCUCUAGCGUGUAGCCCUUUCAACCAAACAAUUUACAUUCAUGCAGUUGAGAGCUUAAGGGAAGGUUAAAAAUAGUUUGCUACGUCCUCCUCGAUUCAUCUUCAGAACGAAGUAGCGACCAUUUUACGACGAGGAGGGAUAAGACUUGUUCGUCCACCUAGAACGACCAAGACAAUGACGGCCGCGUUGUCUUCUCCAGCGAUUUCAGGGGGUGGCACCUCUCUACCAUCUGCGACCACGAGCAUGACAUCGAACUCUACGAACAAGGUGAAUCGUUCUGGCGACGCUCUCCGAGGACCACCGCAGAAGACUAUUCCGCUGAACCUGGCAGAACAGGAGAAGCUUCAAACCGGUAGUUGUAGUACAAAUGGUAGUCAAGAAGAAGAUCAAGGCUUCGAGAAUGAACAUCAAGACGUUCGCCGUGCUCCCCGGGUCGAGCGUGAACAUGUACAUGCAGUGUACGAUACAAUCGCAGACCACUGGAGUCAUACGCGGUAUCGCGCGUGGCCAAGAGUGGCGCAGUUCCUAGAGAGUUUGCCUCCGAAUAGCUGUAUCGCAGACUUAGGUAUGGGAAAUGCCAAAAACGUCAUCGCAGCCAGAAGAGACUGUAGAAACAACAUCCGCUACAUCUUCGGAAGCGACAUCUCUGCACCCUUGGUGUUUGGAGCACGGGAGAAAGUCGCUGGAGUCGGUGGAGAGGAGAAUCCUAUAGGAGGUGGAGGUGGUAACACGACAAAGGCUAAUUAUAAAGGAGCGACAGGUGGUUCAACAUCUUCUGGUAAAAAGAAUAGAGCAGGUAAAAAACAAGGAGGUGAUGUAAAACCAGUACUAGAUGAUGGUCAUCGAGAGUCAUCGACUUCUACGCCUGCGACCGAGUCCUCAUCUACUACACUCUCUCCCUCUCCCGCUACAACCCCUUCUCCUCCACCCGCACAAGUUCCCGCUGCAGUCGCUGACCUCGCCGUCGCGGAUUGCGUAAGCCUUCCCUUAAGGACUGGCUUCUUCGAUGCCUCUAUUUGUAUUGCUGUUUUGCACCAUUUGUCGACAGUCGCACGACGUGUGGCUGUGUUGCGUGAGAGUCUUCGUGUGCUAAGACCUGGUGGCCAAUUCCUCGUUUACGCGUGGGCCAUGGAGCAAUCCGAGACAGGCGUCUCCCGUCAUGUCUUCGAGAGCCAAGACGUGCUGGUAAAAUGGCACCACAAACUUCCGGGAGUCAAAAGGGAAGAAGCGUUGGCGAAGAUUCAGGAACAAACGGCCAAAAGUGCGGAUCACGGCGCAUCCUCUGUGAAUGUUGCGGAUCACGGUGUCAUAGACGAGGAGAAAGGAGCAAUUGUGUAUCAAAGGUAUUGCCACGUCUAUAAAGAAGGCGAACUCCAGGACCUCUUUGAGACUCAUCUUUCUGACAUCGCUAGAAUAGAUGAAGUCUACCUAGACACAGGUAAUUGGUGCGUCAGGGCGACAAAGAUAUGA